GGCGGAUUUUAAUGCGGUGGGCGUGGCCAAAAGAUCCCCACAGCUAAGCCCCUCCCCGUUCUCCGCGGCCGCCAUGUUUAUGCCAGAGAGACGAUGACAGGAAGGAGAAGCUUAUGAUCGCUGCGCCGGCUGCGCGACUAAGACCGCACGGACUGAAGACGCAGCGGCGGGAUACGGAGCCGAGCUGAGGACGCGGUUUGUCGGUGCUCCGUCCUCUCCGGUGACAGAGGCUGCUCGGUGGUCGGGAGGGGGUGACGCAGUUUCCGGGGAUGAGGCAGUGAAGGGCUCCGGAGCGGCUGUGUCUGCCUAUAGCGCUCCCUCCUCCCUGUGCGGUAUUUAUAGGUCGGACAAGGAGUUAUUUGUCUUAUUAACCCCUCACCCCCCGAAGGGAAACUUUACCUCGCAGCAGGGGGAGGGCAGCUUGUACCCGUUCCUGCACCUACCCCCCAUGCCAAGGCUGCCCCCUGGAUAUUACACAAUCCCUGGGAAGUAUCACUCUCAUCAUCCGCAAGUUCCUCUGCCCUGAGCUCGUCAGCCAUCGCCAAGAUGUCAAACCCUGUGCCAGUGGAUAUGAUUAAUUUACGUCUUAUCUUGGUAAGCGGCAAGACAAAAGAAUUUCUCUUUUCACCAAACGAUUCAGCGGCGGACAUUGCUAAACAUGUGUAUGACAACUGGCCAAUGGAUUGGGAAGAGGAGCAGGUCAGCAGUCCGUGCAUUCUCCGACUCAUCUAUCAAGGACGGUUUCUCCACGGCAAUGUGACUUUAGGAGCAUUAAAACUUCCACUUGGCAAAACAACAGUGAUGCACUUGGUUGCCAGAGAGACGUUGCCAGAGCCAAAUUCUCAAGGUCAAAGAAACCGCGAGAAGACCGGAGAGAGCAAUUGCUGUGUAAUUCUGUAAAUGACGACGUGUCUGCAAAGUGUGAUGUAAUAUAGUCUUUGUCUAUCAUGCUGCUGGAAUAGAGGAGACCCAUUGCUUCAGAGAACCUUAGAUUAACACCCUGUCAUAAUCUCCACGGAAGUGAUAUAUUACAUGAACACUCUCAUAGAUUUCUCUUCAUUGCAAGAGACCGAGGACAUUCUCAUACUGAUUUUAAGUUUAUUUUUGUUUAUCUUGCAGAGUAACUUUGUAGUAUGUUAUAGUAUAUCCAUUUUUAAUGCAUUCAGUCUCCAGGGGCAAAAAAAACAAGUCAAUAUGUUCUCUUCUACAACAAUACUCAUUCUCGCUGCAGCAUACAAAUACAGAUCACUGAUUCCAGGCUGUCUAUAUGCAGAUUGCACUAACAUCUGGUCGCCGACCUAGACCUCAACAACAGAUAGCUGUAGCCAUACUUGAUACAACAAUCUACAAGACGAGUUCUACACUGGAAAUCAAGACGUGGAAUCCGACUGAAUUAAGAAGUAUUAGAGAAGUGACUCCUACCUAAUGUAGUUACUGCCCGCGGUGGCACAAGGUAGUAACGGGAGGAACGACCAUACGGUUUAUAUGCGAGGAACAAAGCUAAAUGUGCCUGUAAUCUGAAAGCACUCUGCAGAGGGCGCUGGAGAGUCAUUGUUAAUGUACUAUUGGUGCACUCUAAUCUCAAGCAUACCGUUGCAUGCAUGCUCAUACCAAGCAUACGAGAGGAGUGCCUUUCCUAGCCUUAAUAUGGGAGGGUUAAUUUUCCUGUAGUCCAUAAGCCUUUAUUAUCGUGCAGAGAUAUUAGCAGAUGUCAUUUAUUAAUCAACUUUGUGUUUUAAUAUCAAACGUUGAUGUUUUCAGUGAAGAAAAGACAAAAUACUCAUUCGUAACCUGCUGUCCGAUCUCACGCUUUUAACUGGUAAGAGACUCUCUCCGAAGACAACAGAUCUCAACCAUAGUACUAGAUUUAUUAUUUUUCCUUUCUUUAUGUAACUUGCAUUUAUACUAGUGCUUGCGAGCAUAUUAAGAAUCCAACGGAAAACCCAAGACGCCAUUUUGUCAUUUCACAUGGAUAAUUUAAGACAUGCUAUAAAGAAUUUGCACAGCACUAAAGCAUGAAGCUAUAUUUCAUUUAAAGAAAAAAAAAAAAAACCUGUAAAGAUAUAUAAACAUUUUUUUUAUAUUUUUCCACUAGGGAGAAAAUCUUCCUGGUCAAAAUUACAAAUAUGUGUAGGAUAUAUUUAAUUAAAAAAAAAUAUAUAAAAUGCAUUAUUAUAGAAUCUAACCAUAGAUUGGCAUAGUGUCAUAGAACAAUAUAACUAUACAUUGCUUUUGCCUUUGGAAAAACAUUAAAGUCACAGGUUGACCCUUCUCUAAUACAAUACUCAAGAACAAGAUGUUCCAUGUACAAUUAUGUCCCCCGCCCCCCCCCUCCCAACAG